GUUUCAGUCCAAGAUUUUUGUGGAAUUUUGUGAUGUAAACCCAGUGAAAAUUGUGAAAAAUAAUUAAAUCUCAAUGUCUUUACAGAUUUUGAAUACGUUUCUGAAAACACGUAUUCACUUGGCGACGAAUAUCUGUAGAAUUGCCGGUGGUUUUGCAAAGCAACGAAGAGAAUUUGCCAGCACAUCACUGUUUUCUUCUACAUCACCCUCUACAUCUUCUUCGGCAGCAGCAGUUGCAACCUACUACAGCUUUGAUUUGUCAUCAGCUAGUAGACGUUUUAAAAGUACCCAACCAGCAGCAGCCGCAGCCAAUAAACCACCAGUUUGGGGUUCAAAGAAAACUAAGCGCAACGUUCGCCUAAAUCUAAAGGACAUCAUGAGUAAUCCUGAAAUUGAAGAACAAUUGGCUCCUCUACGGGCUGCCGUCCAGGAGCAGGGAAAUUUGGUUAGAGAACUAAAGGCCAAUGGUGCCGCCGAGAUUGAUGUGAAGAAAGCUGUGGCCGAAUUGAAAUUGCGAAAAAAGAUCUUGGAAGACAAAGAAUUGGAAUUGACCCCCACUGUGGUGACAUUCGAUAGAUCUAAGAUGGAAGAUUUGCUCAAACGUCGUUUCUUCUAUGAUCAAAGUUUUGCCAUUUAUGGUGGUAUUACCGGUCAAUAUGAUUUUGGUCCCAUGGGUUGUGCUUUGAAAUCAAAUAUACUCAGUUUGUGGCGUCAAUUUUUCAGUUUGGAGGAACAAAUGUUGGAGGUGGAUUGUUCGAUUUUGACACCUGAACCUGUUCUCAAAGCUUCGGGACAUGUAGAUCGUUUUGCCGAUUUGAUGGUAAAGGAUGUCAAGACUGGCGAAUGUUUCCGUUUGGAUCAUUUAAUCAAAAAUGCCUUGGAAAAGUUGUCACGUGAGAAAAAUGCCACCGCUGAGCUUAAGGCUGAGUGCGAAGAUAUUUGCAUUAAACUGGAUGGCAUGAAUAAACAAGAAAUGGCUGAUGUUUUGACCAAGUACCAAAUCAAAUCUCCAUUGACCGGCAAUGAUUUAACGGAACCCAUUGAAUUCAAUCUUAUGUUUGCCACCCAAAUCGGUCCCACUGGUUUGGUGAAAGGUUUUCUGCGUCCCGAAACGGCUCAGGGUAUUUUUGUUAACUUCAAACGUCUGCUGGAAUUCAAUCAAGGCAAACUACCCUUUGCUGUGGCCCAAAUUGGCAACUCUUUCCGUAAUGAAAUUUCACCACGUUCUGGUUUGAUACGUGUACGUGAGUUCACAAUGGCUGAAAUUGAACAUUUCUGUGAUCCCACGCAAAAGGAUCAUCCCAAAUUUGAGUUGAUAGCUGAAACAGAAAUGACACUCUAUUCGGCCUGCAACCAAAUGGAUGGCAAAUCGGCACAAAAGAUUCGCAUUGGAGAUGCUGUUAAGAGCGGUUUGGUGGCCAAUGAAACUUUGGGUUACUACAUGGCACGUAUCCAUCAAUUCCUGCUAACAAUUGGCAUCAAACCCGAAUGUUUGCGUUUCCGUCAACACAUGAGCAAUGAAAUGGCCCAUUAUGCCUGCGAUUGUUGGGAUGCUGAGUGUUUGACCAGUUAUGGUUGGGUUGAGUGUGUUGGCUGUGCCGAUCGUUCGGCCUAUGAUUUGAGUCAGCACAUGGCUGCCACUGGUGUACGUUUGGUGGCGGAAAAACGUUUGCCAGCUCCCAAGACCGUUGAGGUAUCGGAAAUUGUACCCAACAAGCAAACCUUGGGUAAGACCUUUAAAAAGGAUGCCAAGGCCAUAACUGAUGCCCUGGCCAAGCUGUCAUUGGACGAUGUCAAGAGUGUGGAACAACAAUUGAAUGAAGCUAAGGAAUAUACCUUGAAAACUGGUGAAGGUGCUGAAUUCAAGUUGACUCCCGAUACCAUUUCAGUUAAGCACUCAACAAAAACUGUCCAUGUUGAAGAAAUCAUUCCCAGUGUUGUGGAGCCUUCAUUUGGUAUUGGCCGGAUUAUGUAUGCUUUGCUCGAGCAAAACUUUAUGUGUCGUGAUGGUGAUGAGCAGCGUUGCUACUUCACCCUGCCUUCGGUGGUGGCACCACUUAAAUGUUCCAUUUUACCUUUAUCCAAUAAUGCUGAAUUCCAACCCUACACCCGGCAAUUAUCUUCGGCUUUGACAAAAGCUGAACUUUCUCAUAAGGUUGAUGAUUCCAGUGGUUCAAUUGGUCGUCGCUAUGCUCGUACUGACGAAAUUGCCAUACCAUUUGGUAUCACCGUUGAUUUUGACACGUUGAAGGAGCCCCAUACUGUCACCUUGAGAGAUCGUAAUUCCAUGAAACAGGUGCGUGUCGACAUCAAUGAAGUUAUUGAUGUUGUCAAGGAUUUGUCGACUGGCAAGAUGCAAUGGUCUCAAGUUUUGGAGAAAUAUCCUUUGUUUGAACAACAGGAAGCUACCACAAAAUAAGAGAACUUCGAUUGGACUAUUUUAUAUUAUUAAUGGCUAUUUAUUUCUAUAGUUACUAUUUGGUUAAUUGCAUUUUUUUGUAUCAGUUUACUCAACUUUUAGUUACAUAUUUUUUGCUUACUCUCAAGUGGAAUGUUUCAAGGCAUUUAUAAGACAACAAGUGUAUCAAUAAAACGAAAUAAUUUUUUAAAUAAAGUGCUUAAAGCAAUAGAAACAGAAAAA